UUGGCUCCAGCUGUCCAGUUGCCGAGCCUGUCGCGGCCUAAAAGGAGGCCUGAACCUUGAGCGCAAGCGAGCCAUGGCGGACGACGACGAGCCCACGUUCGAGACGACCGAGUCGGGAUCCUCGCACACAUACCCGCAGCAGUGUGGAGAGCUUCGCAAGGGCUCGAUGGUGAUGAUCAAGGGCAAAGCCUGCAAGGUGGCCGAGAUUUCCACGUCGAAGACGGGCAAGCACGGGCACGCGAAGGCCCACAUCGUGGCGCUGGACAUCUUCACGGGAAAGAAGUACGAGGACUUGUGCCCCACGUCGCACAACAUGGAGAUCCCCUUCACGAAACGCACGGAGUACCAGCUUCUUUCUGCUGACGAUCAAACUGGCGAAGUUAGCCUGCUCCUGGAGUCUGGCGAGACGAAGGACGACCUGAAUUUGCCCACCUUCGUGACUACGGGUGAGCCAACCGAUGAAGACAAGAAGGUGGUGGAGGACAUCAUGAAAAUGCAGGAAGACGGCGAUUCCAUCCUCGUAGCCGUGCUCUCGGCAAUUGGCCAGGAGAAGAUUGUCGGCGCGAAGAAGAUGCAGUGAGGGCGCUCGAGCUUACGUUGCGGGGGGAGACGGAGGAGGGAUAAGGUUGAUGAGGCGGAGGGGCUGCCAGAUUAGUCCCAGGACGCGCCCGCGAGGCUGCAGCACACCCUCCCGUGCCGAGGCCGCUGCUCCCGAGUCCCUCUGCACACUCUUUCUGACGCCUCUGCGUCCUUGCGGCCGUGAGAUCUGGGAGGGCCCUCCUGGUCCUCCUCCUCCUCCUCCUCCUCCUCCUCCUCCUGGUCCUCCUCCUGGUCCUCCUCCUCCUCCUCCUCCGCCUCCUCCUCCUCCUCCUGCUCCUGCCAGAGGCAGGGUGGUGAAGCUCCAUGGCGUUUCCCGCCAGAGCCUCCUGCCGAGACAGCGGCCCGCUGGGACGGCGGCGGACCUUCGGCGGCCUCUCGGCGCGGCCUUGGCGGCGGCGGCGCUCCGCCUCGGCGCGGAGAUUUUGGCGGCGCACCUCCCCUCUGCCCAUCCAUCUGCUCCCUGCUUUUGCUGCCUGCCUCGUCGCCCUCCUCCGAUCCUCCCCGUCCUCUUCUCG